AUGACGCUCACCGCGGAUCCCAUGGAGCUGGACGAACAGGAGAGGCAAUUUUGGGCCCAGGCUGGUCCGGUCAAACGGGAACAGGAACCGAGAAGAGAUAUGCUGCAACAAGCCGAGCAAUCCAAGAGGCAGCGUCUGGCACCGCAGGACCGGAACAAGGGCAAGGGCAAGGGUACCAAGGGCAAAGGCAAGGGAAAGCAGGGCCUACCAAGUCCACCCAGUGCACACCCGACCAUGGGUUACACAAAUGGUUUCGGAAGCCAUCCACCCAAUCCAUGGACACAGACACAGGACCUGCAGCCACUGGGAAGUCAGGAUCCAGAAUGGAUGGAGUACAGGAUGAAUCGACUAUCUCAGCUGGUCCUUCGUCAGGAGCAAAUCAUCUCAGCCAUCCGUCAGGAUCUGGUCCUCUACCUCUUUGUACGAUCAGGACCAGAAGGGAUGGUGCCAGUUCUAUGCGAAGCAGCGGAGAAGUGGAGGAAGAUGAAAGAGGAAGAACCCGAGAAGAUCACUUACUCCCUCAAACUCAUGCUAUUCAAGCAACUGCUCAUCACCCUGCAUCAGAGGUUGACCAACAUGAUCGCGGACGAGGAUGCUCUCGCCAAAGCCAAGAACCUGAACUGGAUCGACGAUCAGAAACAUUGGAAACAUCUCACAUGGAAUCCUUCCAAACAAUGUCUGGAAGUCGACAACUCAGUGAGGCCAAUACCGGCGGAGGAUCUGUUGGCCCAACUGGUUCAGAUGAGGAAGGCUGUUACGGAGGAGACCCUGGUGAGGUUCAAGUCCAUGCGGAAGCUCACCACGGAGGUGACCUCCGACUGGAUCCAAUUCCAGAUCUGCUUGUCACUUCGCCCAGAGGGAGGAGCCAUGUGGAGUACGCUGAACCAGUGGAUCGGUCAAGCAUCGUGGCACACACUGGGAUGCAGGCUCCGUCGCGAUCGACCGAACUACGACACCCUGGUCCAGGAAGCCGUCCUUCGAUUGGUCUUCCACAAUCCAUCGAAUUUGUGCUACCUACACUCUACCAUCUAUGCCCUUCUGUGGGCCGUCCUUCAGGCUAGGCUACACGAUGCCUACAUCUCGCCUCCACCGCAGGCUCUUACCAUGUUGUGUCCACCAAUCACUGAUUCGCCCAAUUGUCCCAUUCAGGUGCUCCAUUCGGUACCGUGGCUUAUGCUGCUGCAAGCUUGGCCUUCUGUACACCGUCAGCAUGAUGCAGCUGAGUUGAUACAAUACCUCUUACCCAGGUUUUCGCAUAGUGGGUUCAAUGGUGGCUGGGAGGCCAGAAACUUUGCACCUGGAGGUAUUGUCACUCUUGAUACGGGGCCUACCCAAGCUCCAAUUACGAUUGUGCUACCGGCAGGUCCAAGCUUGGAGCUUCAGGCAGCCAUUGAUGGGUGGAGUGCUCAGGUCACAGCCCGUUAUGCACUGCUGACCCCGUCUCCCAUGCUCUGCAUACAACUUCAGCGCUUCACGAAUGCCGAGGGAGUCAUGCGCAGGGACACCAGACCACUGGCUGUGCACACUAUGCAAGUUCGCUAUGUUCACUACCAGGUCGUCGCUGUACAGCUUCACUACGGGGCCACUCCUGAUAUGGGGCAUUACAGAACUAUCCUACGAGGUAGCUAUGCGGAUAUCCUGCGAGAUCAGCUGGCAUCCUUGCACGCCACACUCCUCGAGCAGCACGACGCAAAGAUUCAGCAGCUGAAGACCAGCAACUCAAGCCUGAGGCGGCAGCUGGAGGCAGCAAAGAAUGAAGGGACCAAGUCGAAUUCACCGAAGGACGAGGCGCCUCAAGAUUUCAUGUCGCCGAUUUCGCCUGUCCUUUCCGAAAUGAACGUUUGGUUCCCGUUCGAGGUCUCGACAACUCCGAUGGAUUCAGAUCAUGCUGAGCCGAUGGAUCGUUGGGAGAUCUUCACACAGAAGCUGAUGGAUAAAUAUGAAGAGGCUGGUCACAUCAACAGCUCCAAGAACGUUGAGUGGGGACAGAGUUUUGCCGUCGCAUCUGGCCAGCUGACGAUGAAGGAUUCGGAGGAGCUUCACAUGCGGCAGGUGUGGUGUGCUUCGGUGCUUGACAAUCCUAAGCUCUUCUUCCGCAGGAAGCCACGUGUGUCUCACGCGAAUGUGAGCUCCUCCUUUCGCGUGAACGAUGCAUUCAUGGACGAAAGAUCUUGUCUGCAGCGCUUCGUCGUCGGGCCACAGAGCAAAUGGCAACUGACGUGGUCAAUGUGCUCUUCCCUUCUGAUUCUGUGGGAUCUGAUUACCAUCCCGCUGGAGAUGUUUUCGAUCCCGUCGUUCACUUCCUUUCUGGACACCAUUGGACUGCUAUCGUUUACUUUCUGGCUUCUGGACAUCCCUCUGCAUUUCAUCUUUGGAGUGCAGCUGGAAGGAAUGGUUGAGCUGCGUCCGCGCGUGCUGGCCCGGAUGUACCUUCGCUCCUGGUUUGCCGCCGACGUCGCAAUCGUGUCCCUCGAUGCUGUCCUCAUCACCAUGGAGGCGAUCCAUGUCGCCGAUGUGGGAGGCGCUGUGUUCCGUUCCGCCAGAUACCUGCGGACCCUGAGACUCCUGCGGCUUAUCCGACUUCUGCGUGUGGCGAAGCUUCAGCGUGAGCUCACCCUGCUUGCCAACCGCUUCCUGUCCACUCACGCGUUCAUGGUCAUCAAGGUGAUUUCAUACCUCAUGAUGAUGCUUGCCAUCAACCACAUCAUCGCUUGCUGCUGGUAUGGCCUGGGUUCAUGGAGUGCAAUAGAGUUCGGACCUACGAAGAGCUGGAUCGAGAAUCCGGAGCUGAAUCAGGAGGAUUUCGCAGAGAUGUAUUUUGCCUCGCUGCACUGGGCACUGACCCAGUUCACGCCAGCCACGAACAACAUCGCGCCCCUCAAUGUUUUCGAGAGGUUCUUCGCCGUUGUGGUCAUUCUCCUGGCCAUGGGCGUGUUCUCGUCCUUCGUUGGAUCCAUAAGCAACACUGUCAACAACAUCCGUGCAGCGCGAGUGGAGCAGCAGCGGAAGUCCAACAAGAUGCUCCAGUUCUUCAUUGAAAGGAAUCUUUCCGUGGACCUCUAUGGUAAGAUCCACGAGGUGUUGCGGACAGAGGGCGAGACUGAAGUGCGCUUGCAGGAGAAGGAAGUGAACCUCUUGCAACGCAUUCCUGAGCGGCUGAAGCUGCAGCUUCACGAGGAGAUGUACAUGCAGAGUCUUGUGAGCAUGAGCAUCUGGCCGACGUGGAGCCACACGGAGGAUUAUUUCUUCUUUCGGAACAUAUGCCACAAUGCGCUUGUGGAGCACGUCUGCGUAUCCGGAGAGGAUGCGUUCAUGCCGACCACGCAAUGUGAUGAAGUCUACGUCCUCCAGUUUGGCUGCAUGGCCUAUCUCACAGGGAGACGAGAGGACGUUUUGGCAUCAAGGGGGGAGGUUUUCUGUCUGCCAGCUAUUUGGACGGAGUGGUACCACCACGGUCGGCUGACGGCGCAGAAGGGAGCUUGCUACUAUUUGGGCAUCAACUGCUCGGAGUUCGGCAAGAUCGCCAUCUCGGUGGGCGGUCCGCUGUACCGGCACUUGCAGAUCUUCGGCAUCCUGCUCAUUGGCCAAGUGGAGGACCGUGUGGAGCAAGGAUUGCCAGUAACUGACUGCCUGCUCGAGGGAGACCAACUCCAGGACCUGGUUGCGCGAGCGCAGAGAUUUGCGUCCCUCGUGGGCGCAGACGGUGCCCCCCAGAGCCUAUCGACGCUGCGGCCCAGCGAGGUGGAUACGGCUCCUUCACGAAGGGCCUCUACCGGCGAUGGUGGGCCAGUUGUUCAGCACAAUUCAGACACCUUCAAAGUCUGA